AUGGAACGCUCAAGCCACAUAGAAUGCCAUCAGCUUAUUCAGGAAUCACUGCAGAUAUUCCCCCCAUGCGGGCAGCUGGAUCAGAAUACCUCGAGAUUCCGGACCUUAGGCCCUAAGCAGUACACAUUUCCAUUCUCCCUAGCGUUUCCUACGGUAUCAGGAUGCUACAAAGCACACUCGACCAAGUGCCUGGAGAAACAGUCCCAGUCCCAAACCGAGCCUGCGCCACCCGUCCGAGAGCAGGAGAUGCCCCAUUUGCUCCGACGGCUUCCUCCCUCCACGGGCAAUCGUUCCGGCCCGGCCGAGAUUGCAUAUGCCGUCGAAGCCAAUGUUAAUAUUGGCGGAUUCCUGAAGCAGUCCAUCAAGCAGGUUUCCCGCAGAAUAUUCUUCUGCCCCACAUCCAGCCUCCCGCCACCCCGGCAGUCUCUCUCGCGGCACCGCGCCGUCAUGAUCCGGUGCCAUCAAAGCACCAACGAAACCACCGCACAAGAGGUCACGGCGGCGAUAGCCAGAACGUACCACGUCAGCAUCGAACUCAUGUGCGGCGCCUAUCUCCACCUCGGUCAGCGACUACCCAUCAGAGUGCAAGUCACCAAGGUCAAUUCCGCCGAUCACGACCUCAUCUUGAACGAUUUCCAGGCGAUGGUCGUCGAAGAAACGGAGGUGCGGGCCGCGGGCCAGGUCCGGGUCCAGCGUCUCUCGCGUAUCCUGCGCACCGUGAGCAAUCUGCGCAUGUUUGUCUGUCUUGCCGAAACGCCCGUCGGAACGACGAUAAACAUACCGGAUGAUUUCUGGGGCGGGCAACUCCUCCCGACGGUGAUCACGCCAACGUUCGAGACGUGUAAUGUGCGGCGCAGCUAUAAGCUUGAGGUGCGGCUGGGGUUCAACAGCCGGCCGUCGAAGGUCCAGACGAGAAUCCUCGAAGUUCAUUUCCCGGUUCAUAUCGUGGCGACAGAACCUGCGCCCAUUCCAAGCUCGAUUCUGCGGUUCUCCGAAAAGCAGCAGGACAACGCGGAGGAUACCAUUCCAUGGCAAGGUAUGACCCAAUGA